AUGGUGCUUCCUCAAUUUGAACGUUUACCUCAUGAACUGGUUUUGAACAUACUUAACUAUUUAUCAACUGUCGAUGGAUGGUAUUCUUUCUACAAUUUAAAUAGUCGUCUGAAUAAUCUUCUCGAAACCAAUGUAGCACAAAUUGAUUUAAGCAAUUGCCGCAGAUCUCAAUUUGUUUUCUCUUGUAAAACUAUUCUGAUUCAUAUUCAAAAUCCAUUCUACCUUAAAUUUUCGAUGAAACGUUUAGAUGAAUCGAUAGAUCAUUUUUUUAUUAAAUUAAAAUCGCAUAAUCUUGAUGAUUUAUUGGAAUCGAUGACAUUGCUCAGUGUGACUGACCAAACAAUUGAUAGUGUUGUUCAAUAUUUAAACUGUCUAUUAAAUCUUCGUUCAUUGACAAUCAUUUAUGACUCAUUUAAAUCAGCUAAAAAUUCUCUAGAGAAAAUCAUGAAUACAAAUAUGGUCUCACUCACAGAUCUCAACAUUGAUUACGCAAGAAAACACAAUGAAUAUCUUCAGGGAGAAAGUUCUGCUGAAAAUUGUUCAAAAAUUCUCAAUAUUAAAAAUAUUGUUCUUCGAGUUCCAAUUUGCUUAAAUACGCUUCACAAUCUGUUGUAUUUGCUGCCAGAAAUAGUCUCCAUUGAAGUUGGUUUACUGCGUACAUGGAGAAAUAAUGAUAUCGAUAAGCCAAGUAUAGGUGAAUGUUCACCUAAUUUAGAAAAAUUGAUUAUUCUUGUUCAUAACAAUGACAUAAUUUAUUUCGAGGCCAUAUCAAAAUUACUGCAAGAACUACCACAGUUACGUACAUUUUGGUAUUCAGCGUUCAUUUGUGACAAUAAUCGUUGUAAAGAAUAUCAUAACGGUCGAGUAUGGGAACAUUUAAUUCGUACAUAUUUACCAAACUUAAUUGACUUUCGCUUAAAUGUAGGUCUCGAAAGAGAGAUGGGAACGGGCCCUUCAGAUGUGAUUCAAUCAUUCUGUAGUCCUUUUUGGACUCAAGAAAAGAAAUGGUGGUUUGUCGCCGAUAAGCCUGAUAAUAAUGCUGAUACCAUUGAGCUUUAUAGUCUCCCUCCACCAGAUCAUGGCGAAAUUAUCUUUUGUCCAAAAUCCGAAUGGGCCUCAAAUUCGCCAAAUCCAAAUUUCAAAAGUGUACGAACCCUAGGAUUACAACGUCCAUUACACCCUGUGUGGGCCGUGGUAGGCAAACACCGGUAUUACACGAACGUUACAACGAUUCGACCACCGCAUGAUUUUGACAUCGGUACUUUGGAUGAUGUUGCCAUUCUUUCAAAUGAAAAUAAUACAUCAACUGAUGAUGAUACUACAACAACUAUAGCACUAACACCAACUCUAUCUCUUUGUUCAACGGAAUCAAUGGUGUCACUAGUUACUGACGCAUCAAAUAUCGGUUUAUUAUCAACAACUUUACUUAUGAAAGUAUUAUGUUGGAUACCAAAAGUUAGGCAGAAAUACUUCGAAGAAAUUGUUAAUUUUAUAUUAAAUGAUGAUCUAACAACAUUAAUUGGGUUAUCAAAACCAAUUCAUGAAAGCGCCAAAAUCCUUAAAUAA